AUGCAACUGAAUAACAAUGUGACUGAAUUUAUUCUUCUUGGAUUGACCCAGGAUCUAUUUAGAAAAAAAGUAGUGUUUGCAAUUUUCCUGAUUUGCUAUUUGGCAACUUUAUUGGGUAACUUGUUAAUUAUUGCUACCAUCAAGACCAGCCAGACCCUUCGGAGUCCAAUGUACUUCUUUCUUUUCUAUCUAUCCUUUUCUGAUACCUGCUUCUCCACUUCCAUAGCUCCUAGAACAAUCGUCGAUGCCCUUUUAAAGACAGCCACUAUUACUUUCAGUGAAUGCAUAAUCCAAGUCUUUUCAUUGCAUUUCUUUGGCUGCCUGGAAAUCUUCAUCCUUAUCCUCAUGGCUGCUGACCGCUAUGUGGCCAUCUGUAAACCCCUGCACUAUACAACCAUCAUGAGCCGCCGGGUCUGUAGUAUUUUGGUGGCUCUGGCCUGGGUGGGAUCCUGUGUGCAUUCUCUAGUUCAGAUUUUCCUGGCCUUAAGUUUGCCUUUCUGUGGUCCCAAUGUGAUUGAUCACUUUUUCUGUGACUUGGAGCCCUUGUUGAACCUUGCUUGCUCAGAUAUUUAUGUGAUCAACCUCCUUCUGGUGUCCAAUAGUGGGGCCAUUUGCACAGUGAGUUUUGUCAUAUUGAUAUUCUCCUAUGUUGUCAUCUUGCAUUCCCUGAGGAACCAUAGUGCCGAAGGCAGGAGAAAAGCCCUCUCCACCUGCAUCUCCCACAUCACCGUGGUCAUCUUAUUCUUUGUACCUUGUAUAUUUAUAUACACACGUCCUGCAACCACUUUUCCCAUGGAUAAGAUGAUAUCUGUGUUUUAUACAAUUGGGACACCUUUGUUCAAUCCUCUGAUUUAUACGCUUAGGAAUACAGAAGUGAAAAAUGCUAUGAAAAAGUUGUGGAGCAAGAACUUCAUUUCAGAUGAUGUAAGAUAA